GCUUCACGCCGUUGGGUCUGGUUUCGCCAUCGCCAUGCCACGGCGUGGACGCUCCAGCGGCAGUCGCCGCCGUGCCCGUCGUCGGGGCUCCUCGACGCGGAGGCAGAGCCGGAGAUCUCGCAGCCGCGUUAGAACGAACCGUCGCAAACGCCAGCGCGAGAAGAGCUCUUCUGAGCGGAAGGGCGACACAGGCAAGAAACAGGAAGGAAAGAAGAAGGCAAAAAAAGCCGAGAAGGCAAACAAGCCAGACAAAGAGAAGGACAAGGCGGAGAAGCCUGACAAGUCCCAAGCCGAGAAGGCAAAAUCCGACAAGUCAGAGAAGCCCGACAAGUCAGAAAAGCGCGAGAAGUCUGAGAAGGCUUCAACGGCCGAGAAGCCCAGCAAGACCGAAAAGGCCGACUCUGACAAGGCUGUCAAGGCAGAGAAGACAAAGUCUGAUAAGGCUGAGAAGCAGAACAAAGCAGGCAAGGCAGACAAGGCGGAGAAGUCCAAGUCGAAGAAGACAAAGGAUGACAAGUCUGAGAAGAAAGGAGCAGAGGAGAGAGAAAAGGCAAGCAAGAGCCAGAGCAAGAAGAAGGAAGCAGCGGCCAAAGCAGAUGCCAAGAAAAAACUGCCAAAGGCAAAGAAAGACAAGCAAUCCUCUAGUUCGGACAGCUCGUACUCGUAUUCCUCAUCCAGCAGCGAUGAAGAUGAGGAGCAGCAGCAGCAACAGUACAUGAACGCCAUGAUGGCCUGGGGGAUGCAGGGAGCCAUGCCCACGGCCAUGGGCACCUCGCAGAUGGGCAUGGCUGGCUACGCGCAAUACGCAGGCCAAUACCCAGGAUACGGUACAACCUACGGCUACGAUGCCUAUGGGAGGCCGUACGGCUCCAGCAUGGGCGAGGCAGCAGGCUACCCGGCCGCGCCACCGCCGCCUCCGCCGAUGGCAGCGCCGGGCGCACCCAUGGCGGUCGGUGGGGCACCAUACAUGCAAGGCCCCAUGACAGAGGAGCAGAGGUUGGCCGAUGAGCGGGACAAGGCGCGCAGGCGGCUAGAGGAUGAGACCCGACUCCGAAACGAGGAUUUGCUGCGCAAGGCAGAGGCUGAAAGAGCGGUUGCGACGGUCCGCAAUGCGAUCAGCAACUUGCAGAAUGGACAGUCAGACUCUCUGGACUCUCUCCUCAAGACCUUGGAGAAUGUGGCCCAGAGAGACUUGCCGAAGUGUGGUGAGAAGCAAGUCGACGAACUCAAGCGUGACAUGGCCAAGGCUAUUGCCGAGGCCUCCAAGCGACGUGAUACCAUUCGCGAGCUGAAAGCCAUGGUCAGGAGUGGCGAAGAGCACAUCAAGGCCACUGCAGAGCUGGUUCGGCAGAACCUAGCCUUGCAGAAGGAGAAGGAUCGAGAGGACAUGAACGAUCAGUUGGAAAAUGCUGGUCUCGAGGCAGAAGGGAUGAGUGACCGAUAUCAGUCCUUUAUGGAAGAGAGGGCAAAGGCCCAUGAGGAGCUCCAAAGCUGUACCAAGGGCCCUGCUCUGGUCGACCUUCGCCUGAUCAUUGCCAGGAUCCGAAAACUCAGUAGUGAUUUGACGCAGACUGCGAGCAACGCUGCGAGUGUGGUGCGGGAAGGCAAGGAGAAGCUGGUUCGGCGAGAGGUGGCCUUGGCGCAAACACAGCGCAUGAAGGAGCUGUUUGACCAGUUCGACGCAGACAAAGAUGGCUGUUUGUCGCAGCUGGAGGUCAUCGAGUACUCCCAAGGCGAGUUUGACUUCACGCCGCCGGAGUCCUGCAUGGAGCGACUUUGGAGAAACUUGGUGCCGGCAGGCAAAGCUGGCAUCAGCUUCGAUUGCUUCCUGCAGAUGAAACUCACCAUCGGCACGGCGCGUGUCGUGGAGAAGGAGAGACAAACCACUCAAGGCAGCGCUUGAGGCCAGACACGGCGCGCAGUGGAAAGGUGUGGAAAGGUGUGGAAAGCAUGGCAAUAGCGCUCUGUCUCGACCAGGCAGCAACUCUGAACUUCGGAGCGUGCUGGUGUUAAUGGCGAUUAUGAGUAGGGGAGUUGGCGAACAGUUGCUUGACAUUGGAACCAAUGUUUGCGGCGUUUUGGUUUGCUCCAUCCGCUUUUUAGGCGUUGCAGUAUCGCAGUCAAGAGCUGCAGUUGGCUCGGAGGGGCGGUGGCAUUAAGCUUAGGGCCAGGAGGAGUCUUUGAGAUGAGUUGGGCGGCAUGACGCGAUUUGCCAACAGGUUGC